AUGCUUUCGCCCGGAUACCAUGCCGAGACCAUCUCUUUUCCACUUGGCAUUCCGUGCGAUGUGGACGACUUGGUCGAUACGGCUGCAAGGCAAUUUGGGGAACUUCGGCCUAAGUUUAGCGAUAGGGUUAUCCCGGUUCGUCCUCAGCCGCUGCCAGAGAUCGCCACGCUCCUGGUUGCACCCGACUGGACGGCGUACUCUUCGCUCUCUGUGGUCUGUCUUGACUUGCGGGAUGUGGGUAACAGCUCUUUAGGCCCACUUGCUGCCGUAUAUGUCACUAGGCCCACGUGCAGGGCAGAAUUAUGCCGCCAAGCAGGGAUCUACGGCGUUCAACCCUGCCGUGUGUUCAUCGGAACAGAGUCUGACCCCUUGGAGGAAGACGAGGCAGUGACACUAGCCAAUGGGUGUGUAGUGACUUUUCUUAGCGGUGACCUGCACCCCAAUCCCGCAACGGAUCUGCAGUAUCGAUUGCAACUUCCCCACACAUGGAGGCCAGAUGUCGCACCUCCGGUGCCCUCUAGGCCUCGCGCCCUGCUACUCUUGCACCAGAGUGGCAGGUACCUCUUCCGCGUGCAAGCCAGUCAGCUCCCUGUCGACGAAGCCGCCGCGAGAUUUGUGGGAGUUGACAGAGCGGCAGUGGAGUUCCACACGCCCCAGGGGGACGGCUGCUCCCGUCUUCAACACCAGUGCGUGGACACAAGGGGCAUCCUGGCUCUAGUGGACCCAGGGAUCCUGCCCCCUGAUGUCCCGCAAUAUGUGGUGUUCUUGGACCUCCGGCAGGUAGGUUCGACUAUCAAGUACCUUGUGCUGGAGAGGCCUUGGAUUCCCAGAGCCGAUCUGCUUGUAUUGGCCGGUCGUCGCCCGCCUCCCAGCUGGCGCUUGCGCAUCCUUGGUGGUCGCCUGCGUCGAACCCGCUUGGAGGUUCAACAAGGCACCACGCUUACAUUCGGCUUUGAGUUUGUGGAUGCGUCGGAAGGCUCCGAAGACUCUGCCUCCUCUUCUUCCGUGGAUGCAAGCCAGGAGUCAGAAGAGGAGGGUGAUACUGACGCACAGGAUACCACCACAGCCCCCGCCGACUCGGAUGGAGAGCAUUUGUUUGCGGAUGACCCAAGGUUCCUCCGCUCCGCAUCUCCCUCCAGAGAUAGGUCGAGAUCCAGGUCUAGGCAUAGUCCUUGCGCAAGCUCUCGCAGCCGUCCUUCUCGGUCACCUAAUGCCCUCAGGGCUGGUGCACUUACCGCUGCCCUGAGUGCAGCCUCACCUACAGGAGCUGAAGGUGCCUUCCUUUCCAUCCAGCAUUUUGAUGUGUACCGGGACGGCCUUCUCCCUGUCUUGCACGCUGCAGAUCGUGCUGGUCCUUCUGUGGCUACCAGCAGUGUGCUGGUGCUCCUCCUGUGCAUUUGUUUCAUCCUUUGGGCACGCACCAGGACCAGGCUUUUCAGGUUCUCAAGGCCAUCCUACACACGGGGACCCCUUGGAUGUAAGACCCUUGUGCCUCUGCCCUGUCGCCAUGCUUCUGAUAGACAGCGUGUCAGCAGACUUCGGAGAGUCACUCAGGACUUUGGUGAUGACUGGCCCCUACCCCUGGAAGAUGAUUCCCCUGAGCAUUCUUCGGACGAACCGGAGUCAUCUGAUGUUGUGUCAGACUCAGGAUCGGUUGCAUGGGCCACCAUUUUGAUCUAUGCCCCUCUGUAUGCUCCGGAAUGGUUGACCCUUGCUCUUCAUUUUCCGAGCACUUAUGGGGAAGCAGUGGCUGUUAUCCAGGCUGAAAGGGAUCCCGUCCCAGCAAGGAGGUUUCCAUUUCUAACACCGGCCGACCCUCAGCCUAUACCUGGAGUGGGUGUUUUUGUGGCCCUUGCUCCCUAUACGCAUGCACCAAAAGUCGUGUUCCUGGAUGCUACGCGCUGGGACGGACGCUGCUAUGCCACUUUGGCUCCGGACUAUCUCAGUCCAGCCGUGCUCCGUUCUCUCUGUGCUCUGGACCCCACCUCGGAUGCAGCCUUCUUCGUGGGCCAUGAUGCCCAACCGCUCCCUGACGAAGCCUCUAUACAUGUCUCCAGUGGGUUGGCGAUUAUUGUCGCUCCUGUGCGGACGCCACUCCCUGCUGCCAUCUCGAUCGACACAAUGUUUCAGCGCCCUAGCUUAUGGUCGCAGCACUUUGUGUUCCCACCUGACGACAGUGUGGCGUACUGUGUGGUUGAAGACCAGCAACAGGUUCUGUUCUCCUACCAAAAUGAGAGACCGACCCAGUACAGGCGCCAGCUCGCAGCGGCACUUGGCAUCUCUUAUGCGGAGUUAGUGCUCCAUCCAGCCAAUCCCCGUGUCAUUGACGCCACUUUGGAUGGGGUGUCCUGCCGAACCAUUGUGGCGGCUGCUCGGCUCUCCGCUGUCAACCGGCAUCCCCAAAAGUUCCUGGUUUUGUUAGACUGCCGGGCGUUCUAUGCGGGCUGGCUCUCCAUCCUUGUUCGAGAUGGUCUGCUGUGCAUCCGCACAGUCGAGGACGCCCUUUUUCGAGAUCUCCCUGCAGGAUGGUCUCUCUCUAUCCCUGAGGUGCCGCCAGGCGUCCUUCAAUACCAGGUCAUCCCAGGUCAGGUCCUUCAGGCAGAGGCUAUUCCACCUGCGCACACACCGUCCUCAGAUGCUGUGGACACCGAUCGAGAUGCCUCCCAGAUUCCCCCAGGGCUUGCAAGCCCCUCACCCCCCCCGGGGGAUCAUGUUGGCUCUUCCGUGGACCCACUUGCCGAUUCCUCUUCUGCCCGGCAAGAUGUGGAUGCAAGCCCUGAAGUUGCGUUGAACACUUCUGCGGAUGAGUUUAUCGAUCUCCCUUUUAUCAUCCUUCUGCCUGAAUACUUGCCUGAAGUAGUGCGAGUCCGUGUCCAGCUACCUCAAACGGUCCACGGCACUUUGGCGCUCGUAUCCGCCGCCCGGCGGCCCAUUACCAGGCGCCGUUUUCCGCGUUUGCUCCCCGUGGCCACGCAAACCUUCCCCGAAAGAGGAGUCUUGAUGGCGGCCCCUGUGUGGGACAAUCCGACUAUACUACUGUGCAUCGAUAGUAGGGUCGAUAACAGACUCUUUGCGGUCACGGCACCGCCGCAACUCCGGAGAAGCGACGUACUUCGCCUUGCUGGGCUUCCUGAUGACGCCCCUGUGCACAUCUACUACAAUGACGUCCCCUGGCCCUUGCGUGAGGACAUGGUCCUUCAGCCCGCCUUGGCCGAUCUGGUGAUAAUCCUACCAGUUGACCAUCAAGUCUUCAUCACCACUAACCUGGCUGACAUGCUUCAACAUGCUACCGGUUGGAACCCUAGUGCUGCCUACCCUGGGAAUUUCCAUGACACAGCGUGGAUUCUUUCGGAUGAGCUCCACUUCGGCUUCAUUGUCCGGAGAGGGUUUGCUUGCCAGGUUUGGGCCCAGGAGCCUAUUGAUGUUCAGGACGGAGAGGUCGUCGAAGUUGAGUUUUUGACUCACGCGCAGGAACUGGCGGCACAGAUCGCGUUAGCUCGUCUCCAACCAGCGCACCCGAUGUGCAAGGUGUGCGCAACCUCUGCGCAGCUGAGUUUCAGUGCGGCACGGGCUGCGUCAGCUCAUACCCAACCAGCGCAACCGAUGCGCAAUGUGUGCGCAACCUGUGCGCAGCUGGACCUGAGCACCGACCUAGUGCCGGCACUAGAGCAUCCCCCCUAG